UGCGGGCACGGGGCCGACAUUCAGAGAGUGACGAUUUGCGGCGGCCUCGCAGCUGUCUCGCCGCUGGCCUGGUGACUGGGGCAGGAGGCUGGGAGCAGUCGGGGGGCUGUGGGCUGUGGGCUGCCCGAAGCGGAUCGGAUCGGAUCACGACCCUAGCCCGAGGCUCAGUGACCGACGCCGCUCUGCUGCCCCUCACAGCGGGCGGUGAUUGCAGCGGCCUGGGCAGAAGUGGGAGGUGUUCGGCUCACGGACAGCGAACGUCAGCAGUCAGCUGCUAUAUUUACUGAUCUUUUAUCGUAACUGCUCAUUUAACGCCAUAGUAAUUGCAAUAUCUUUUGUUUGUAAUUGUUUAGCCUUGCUGCAAACCACUCUUUUCACAUCUGUCACUGAUUCCGAGUGUUGCGUAGUGACUGAUUUCCGCGGGACCAGGGGGAGCUCCGUCACGGGACGUGAAUGUGUUGAGAGGCGCCGGCACUCUGGGACACUUUGUCCCAGUACACGCUGCACGGUACUGGUGAUCUGUUAACACGUUUCGGUUCGUUGCAGGAUCUUCUGAAGAUGCUGGUUUAAUCAUUGCCAGGCUGCCGGGGCAGAGGGAAGGGCAUUCCGGCCCAGUGUCCUCGCUGAGGCUGGACUGACCACCAUGGCGAAGUCCUUGUGGAGCAAGUUGAAGUUGUUCCCCCACCGGCGGAACCAGUCCUGCGUGGCUCUGACGAGUGACACGGUCGCCCUGGACUUCGCUGAUGAUGUGGAAGAUGAAGAUGCGCCCACGUUCACCGGUGCAGGUAUCCUGCAGGUGGACGCUUGGGAUCGGCCGAACGGGAGUGCAGAGCUGCCGAGUGUGGUUUGCAACGGGACCGACGAGACGAACACUCGGGAGGAGCUGGCGGCUCUGCGGAAGCCAGAGCUCGGGGGCCAUGGGCUGUACAGUGAGGAGGAAUGCAGUCACUGCGUUAAAAACUCCGAACUGCUCAGACAGAGAACAGUGAAGAGGAAACUGUGGAUCGCUCUUACGCUCUAUGGUUUAUUUACCAUUGGAGAGCUUGUGGGAGGGUGGCUGUCGAACAGCCUGGCGGUUAUGACGGACGCUGUGCACAUGCUGGCCGACGUGUUGGGGAUUGCAGCUUCCUUGGUUGCACUCUAUCUUUCUGCAAGGCCUCCAACCAGCAGGUUCACUUUCGGUUGGCAUCGGUUUGAGGCUCUAGCAGCCAUGCUCAGUGUGUUCCUGAUCUACGCCGUUACCGUCGGCCUGGUGUACGAGGCCGUUCAGAGGACCAUACACCAGGACUUUGAGAUCCACGCCGAUGUGAUGAUCAUCAUUGCAGCCAUUGGAGUCGCCAUCAACCUCAUAAUGGGAUUUUUGCUGAAGCAGUCCACCCAUUCCCAUUCCCACUCUCCUUCGGAAAAGGCUGCCGGAGCGGCUCCCGAGAAGGCUGCCAGACAUGCCGAUCACUCCGGGAAUCUGGCCGUGCGGGCGGCGUUCAUCCACGCUCUGGGAGACGUGGUGCAGAGUGUCGGCGUGCUGGUCGCAGCUUAUAUCAUCCGCUUUAAACCGGCCUACAAGAUCGCCGACCCGAUCUGCACCUACAUCUUCUCCUUUCUCGUUCUGUGCACGACCUUCCGGAUAGUACGCGACACGGCUCUGAUCUUUCUGGAAGGUACUCCUCGGCACCUUGAUGUUGAUCACAUUCGGGAUUCUUUGCUGAAGAUUGAAGAUGUCCACUCUGUUCAGGAUCUGAAUGUGUGGUCACUAACCGUGGGGAAAACAGCAGCUAUCGUUCACUUGAGGCUGGUUGCAGAGGGGACGUCCAGAUGGGAAGAUGUUCAGUGCAAGGCUCGUCACAUCUUGCGGCAUUCCUACGGUAUACACCAGUGUAGUGUGCAGCUGCAGGUCUACAAGGAGUCAUCGGACAGUGUUUGCACCAAAUGUGGGUCCUUGGAUCUUCAGGGACCUGCUCGUUCAAGUUAGUGCCUUCUGUUACAGUUGUCACCAGGACUGCACUUGUGGAAAGCCAGCCGUACUACUGCAACCCAGCAAUGUGCCACCUCCCUCUCUCACUGCCGGACCCCCCCACCCCCAGCUGCUGUUCCUCAGGGAGACUCUGAUCAUGGCCUUUGCCUGUUUUCCCAGGUUCCUGUGGCCAACAGUCAACUUGUCCACUUAACCGUUCAAACUUUUCAUUCAUCACACAGAACUUUAGCUGUUUAUGUGAGACAGCUCAGAGUUUCCAGUGCUGAUCUGAAUCCAAGCAUUGCCGCUUCUUCUGGGGACUAGGAGCGUUGUGGUGAGAUGGUGCUGAAGUCCCUAGCACAGCUCUAGUGGGCAGAAUGGCCUCUAAGGGAAUACUGUGCUGGACUAUUCUACAGGAGCUGAUUGGAGGCUGGGCACUUGAUCAGUGGAGCCAGCUAUUGUGGACAGUGACUGGUAGAGAAUUUCAUACCUCUCCACGUUAACCCUUUCAGCCAUCCUGACAUCUGAGCUCCCAGCGCCUCUGGGUGGGGGCUGAAACCCCAGUUACAGUGUGGCCAGCCCGCAGCAUUGUCUGAGCAGGAGAUGGUUUGCAUUGAGACCCCUCAUUCCCCAGAGGAGCUCGUUCCUUUAAAAUGAACGUUUUAAAUGUAGAUGUGCCAAGAUUCAGCAGAAAAAUUACUUCAAAUCAUGUCAGGAGCACAAGAAAAUCUGCCGAUGCUGGAAAUCCAAAGCAACACGCACAAAAUGCUGGGAGAACUCAGCGGGCCAGGCAGCAUCUAUGGAAAAGAGUGCCAUUGACAUUCCGGGCUGAGACCCUUUGGCAGGUUUGUGAGUGUUGCUUCGAAUCGCGUGCAGCCUUCCGGGAUGGGAUUCAGAAGAUGCAUUCUCAGUUUCCAAUGUUUACCCGUAUCUGUAGAUUAACACCUCGAACAUCUAACCUGUCUGUGCCUGAAACUCAGCCUCUCCAUUCACUGCAGCAAUGAUCUUUUAGCCUUUAAUCUGCUGGGAGAAAUCAGGCCAUUUAAAAAUGUUUUUACUGAGGAGAUACUAACAAACAAGUAAUGAUUUGUACAAUCUGGUAAGACUAUUUUUAUAAUUUAUAUGAAUGUAACUGCAGGGUUUCUGACAGUAUCCAUCACCCUCCACAGCUGUGAAGUUGCAGGACAUGCUGUUGUCCUGUUUAAUCGGCUCUCCUCGGAGUUAAUCAAACAGUGUUGCGCACAAUUCCAGAAGCAGUACAUUGUUGGACAAGUAACAUUGAUAAAGUUCAGCGGUAAUCCCUUUCUGCUGCUCAGAGGGGCGAUCUGGAAUCUCGAUUCACCCCCUUCAGCUGGUCACUGUUGCUACUUUGGUUAGGAUGGCAGUUGCUGUCUGAUACCCAGUCUUCAGAGACCAGCAGUAUGUCACUGGUAAGACCUGAUAUUUCUGCAGGUACCUCGUGCCCGACAGCUUCUCGCAGCCCACGGUCAAACCUGGGCUGCUCGUGCCCGAGGUAUAUUGCUACAAGUUCCCCACUUCUAUUAUUUACCAUCUUCUUCCUUUCUUUCGUCAGUUUAACAGCUAACAUGUCACCUGGAUAUCAUGUAUGUACCUUGAUUGAAUAUUAAUAUUGUAACAAUAAAACCAUCUGCGGUAUCGUA